AUGGCGGUGAUGUUAGCGCUAUACUCGCUGGGAAUUUUGGCCCUUGUUGAUUUCGUUCAUGCAAAAUCAAAGUUCCCAUAUCCGCUGUCAGAGGCCCAUGCGCAGCUGAAGACAGAUGAUGGAGUCACCUUCGACCCGCUUGGUGUUGCGGCUGUUCUUUACAAUCCUCGCGCCGACAAAAGUGCUGCCAGGCUCUAUACUCAGUAUGAUAGGAAUUUAUUCACCUGGCCUCAUAUGACCAUGAUCGGCGGGACCCUGCCACCAAUGCAAAUGCUGGUCGAGCGGCUGACAGCAACCUUCAAGUGGAUUCAUCCAGCAAUCAAGAUGUGUGCGAAAGAUACUACAAUGCUUCCCGUCCGGUCGGAUGUCUCAGAAAACGUGUUUCGUCAACUACCACUAAAUCUGAGUAAUAUUUGGCUCAGUGAUGUUAUAUCCUUCCAAACGUCAAAGCAGCCGGGAAAUGACUUCGCUAUCGUCUGGGUCGAUACGGUCCACAAGUCAGGAGACGACGGAGAGGGCCACGUUAGAGCGCAAGUCGGCAAUAUAUGGUGGUGGCGUACUGGAAAGUGGGCCCUGGAUCUGAUGUGUCUGCUGAAUGGAGCCAUGCUUGUAGCUGCAAUGGUCUGUGGAAUCCUGGUUGCGGAUAUAUGGGCAUUCACGCUGUUUCUUCUUUACAGUUGCCACUGGGUAGCAUCUGUAUUUAUCUCAUUCACUGCGAUGGUCGAAAUCCACAAGCCGGAAAUCAGAAAUGAUUCAAUUGACCGAUACGCUGUUUAUGAGAGAGAGGAGGGUGGCACUGUGAUUUUCAAAGGCCCCCAGAAAAAGCUCGAAGAGUGGGCUCGGUCAACGUGGGAAUACAAUCAAACUUGGGGCAAGGACUGCUUACAUUGGUUUUGGAUUCUUACUGGGACUAUGUCAGGGAUAGCGUCAGUUGCAUGCAUGGUUAAUAUGUAUGGUUACAUGCAACUGGCCUUUUUGGGCGUGCUGGUUUAUUCAUCACUAGCUGAGAUUGGAGCGACCAGAAUUGCGCGGAUACUUCAAACCAAGGCUCAUGGAACAAUAUUCAAAGCCGAAGUACUUGACAACAAAACUCGCACAAGAGCCAUCAUUCGAGCAACUCUUGAGGUUAUUCCAAAGUGUCGACUGACGAAGUUGAACUGGAUUAAGAUGGGCCUGCUUCCACCUAUGCAGGUAUUUCAGGCAAUGCAAGAUCUUCUGGAGGAUAUAAGUCAAAUGCAGGAGGAUGUCGGGAAAAUGCAGGAGGAUGGGAGCUUCACAUCAGCUGCUCAAAAAUCUCAUAAUCUUGCUAUUGAGCUGAGAUGUGCCGAAUUCGUCGACCAAGUUCGCCUCGAGGAUCCUGAGCGAAUCCUACUAGCAGAGAGAAUACGCGAUGAGGUCCUUGGGACCUUGCACCCAAAUUAA